UGCCGACAAGGACAGGGCUUCCCCUGCUGCUUAAGUCCGGAGCGGUCCCCGUGACAACUGAAAAACCCGAAGGAUUCAAGUAUUUAGAGGUUGCAUUGAGAUAACAACCUCCGCACAUCGAAACACAGCAAAAGAUGGAGUGGAGUCUCCCUGUGUAGGUCCAUGAUGGCUGUCGUCUUGACCACAGCAGCUGAAGGCCCCCUCCAAGCCCAUGUAUGUACGUUGUUAUGGCAACAGUAGAUGGAAACACGGACGUUGAGACCCUGUUGGCUGCGAUCCACCUGGAGCGAUACCUGAAGACCUUCCGCCAGUCUGGCUUCCUCUUGGCCAGGGACCUCAGCCACCUAGACAAUGGAGCUCUUAUCCAGCUGGGUGUAACUGCCACCGGGCACAGGAAGAGAAUUCUGAGACUGGUCCAGCACAUUCAGAGGGCUACCAAUCCGAAUCAGUCGACAUCAGAGCCCUUGGAGCCCUUAUUGGACCGUUGUCAGUCUGAGUCUGACAUUAAUUCCACACCCAUCCAAUCAGGAGGGCCGAGGUCUGACCAAGGGGGCGGAACCGGGGCCAUUCCGUUUGAAGCGUUCCGGAAUAGUUCUGUUCCUAACAUUCCAUCCAUGUUGAUGAACUCCGGGUCAGAACAGCAGCAGCAGUACAAUGGGAACGUUGUCAUAAAACCGGUUCCAAAACCUAGAACGGUGUUUUACAGACACAAAACAGAACCCGCUCGGUUUCUAUCCUGUCCCAUACCACCGACACCACCAGAUCCCCUGGUUCUAACCCUAACCAGGAAACCAUCUCAGGAAUCUCUCUGUUUCACCAUAUUGGAAGGUUUGGCUUCAGGUGAAUUUAACACUGACACAGUGAUGGUGGGGCCUACCCCUACCCAUAACCCUAUCCCUAACCCUGCCCCUAACCCUAACCCUAACCCUGCUCCUAACCCUACCCCUACCCUGAGACACAGCCUAAGCCUGAGAGAGAGGAGGCUGAGUAACUCCUCAGACUCUGGAGGUCCCCAGCCCCCUGUUCCCCCUCGGCUGAACCGAGGUACCCCUCCAGCCAUGUUUAGGGGACCUACAUCCACACCACCAUCAUCUGGUGGAAGGACUGAACAAAACCAGGACCAGUGGACGACAACCCCACCUCCCUCAUCCUCCUAUGAUAACACUGGAUUCCCCUCUCUGGCCACUUCCCCUCCUGGCUCCCCGAUGGAGAUGGUCUCCAAUGAGAUCUACUGUGGCACUUCACCUGGCACGGCAGCUAGUAGAGGACGGAUUCCCUGCAACGCUCCUCAAACACCACCACGGCCAGAGAUCCACACCACUCCUGAAAGAAUUAGCACUUUAAGUAACAACUCUUGUGAAUCGUCCCACGGAGUCUCCAUGGAGGACCCAGAGGAGGAGAUCAGUCCCUACUGUGAAACCGUCUUCCAGACCAGACGACCACUGCAGCACUCUGAGGCGGAAAGGACCAACAGUGAAGGAAAGACAGGAAUGACAAGAGCAGAGGAAGAGAAGCACGGAGAGGAUCAUGGGACACCCAAACUCUCCUGGGCCAAACGUCUGUCCCACGCCCUCCACAGUGAGUCCCAGGGCUACAGCACAGUAGGAGAGGCAGCACCACCCCCUCGCUGCCUCUCCUUACCCCCCAACCUGUACCCCUCGGAGCCGGAUGAGGACCAGACCAUAUCCCCCUACGCCAGUUACACCUCUCUCUCUGAGCAGACUGAACCCAUCAUCUGUGGCUGGCUGGAUAAGCUAUCACCACAAGGGUAUGCCUGGUCCUGGUCCUCCUUGCUUCCCUCCGUCUUCUCCUCCCUUCUGAGGAACUGUCUCUGCCUCGUGCCUGUCCUCUCAAACCGGAACUAUGUAUUCCAGAAACGCUAUGUGAAGUUUGAUGGCAAAAAUCUGCUGUACUUCGGCAGUGAAAAGGACCCGUACCCCAAAGGAGUGAUUCCUCUGGCUGCGAUACAGAUGGCCCGCAUGGCCAAAGACAAUAAAUUUGAGAUAGUGACAAGUCACAGGACGUUUGUCUUCCGGGCUGAUAACGAAGUGCAGAGACAUCAGUGGUGCAGUAUCCUACAGGGGAGGGUGAAGGAACAGCUUGUGUUCGGGCGCCCUCGCUUCGGUCCUGGCAGCCACUGUCAGAGGAGUGGUCCUCUGGAGCUCAAAGGGACCAAGUCAAAAGUCUACGUGGCCAUCAACACAGAGCAGGUCUGGCUGUACAAGACUGAACAGUGUUUUAGGAAUGGGAUUGGAAUUACGCUGAUCGAGGCCAGAGGAGCUACGAUUAGAGACGGCAAAGGAAAAAGCUUUGACCUCAUCACUCCUUACAAAACAUUCAGUUUCACAGCGGAGUCUGAGCGGGAUAAGAGGGACUGGAUGGCGGCUGUACAGGAGUCCAUAGCAGAGACCCUGUCUGACUACGAGGUGGCUGAGAAGAUCUGGUCCAACAGGUUUAAUAAACUCUGUGCUGACUGCCAAGCAGUCAACCCAGACUGGGCCUCCAUAAACCUCUGUGUUGUCAUCUGUAAGAACUGUGCAGGUCAACACAGAGGUCUGGGGACUAUGGUGUCUAAAGUACAGAGCCUGAAACUGGACACCAGCGUGUGGAGCAAUGAGAUCGUGCAGCUCUUCAUAAUGUUGGGGAACGACCGAGCCAAUGAGUUCUGGGCGGCCAGGUUAUCUCCAGCUGACGAGUUAGACCAUGAUGCCACACCGGACCAGCGGAGAGAGUUUAUCAUCCAUAAGUACCGUGAGGGGCGCUACCGACUCCCCCACCCCAACUUCAACACACAGGAGGAGCUGCUCAAGGUUCUGUGUACUGCUGUGACCGAGCAGAACCUGCUGAAGACGGUCACCCAGAUCUUCACCGAGGCAGAGGCUGUCCGAACCCGCCUCACUGCCUCUAAUGGAUAUGACAAGCAUCUGUCUCAGGAAUACUCCCUCCCGCAAGGCACCUCAGACCCCAGUGUGUAUGAUGAGAUUAUGCAGGCCGUGCUACACUCCGGCUACCUCUACAAGUCAGCCUCAAUGAACAAAGGGACAUUAUCCAGGAAAACCAGAGAAGAUUUCCAGAAGUACUGGUGCACGGUGGAGAGGUCUCUUCUGUUCUAUGAGUCUGACCGAUGUCCUGAUCCGAGCAUGAAGAUCAACGUCAAAGACAUCGUCUGUCUGGGGGUCAGCAGGCCGGACUCCUGCAACAACAACGGCUUCAUUGACAGGUUUCUCUAUACGUUUCAACUGUACUUGUCCUCAGAGAAGCUCUAUCAGUUUGGAUUGGAAACUCCUGAUGCACUGCAAUGUUGGGUCAAGGCCAUUGGAAAGGCCGCCACACCUUUAAGCUGCCACUGCCUGCUAGCGAGGGAGUUUGAGCGGGUGGGAGUGCUGCGUUACAAGGCCAUGCGAGACCCUUCUCAGUGGAAAGAGGGAUAUUUUGUCCUUCAGAAGUCUAACCUCUUCAUCUGCCCAGGGAACGACGGAGCAGCUGAGGACAUUAUCAAUCUUAAACGUCUGCAAGAGCUCAGUAUAGUAACUGAGAACCAAAACCAUGAGAAGAAGGAAAUUCUGGUUUUGGUUGAAAAAGGGAGGACGCUGCACCUCCAGGGGAUGGGUCGGUUAGACUUCUCCCUGUGGUACGCAGACAUCCAGAGAGCUGCUGGAGGGAAGGGCAACACCCUGAGAGAACAGCAGCUCAGCAGGAAUGAUAUCCCCAUCAUCGUAGACAGCUGCAUCGCCUUCAUCACGCAGUAUGGUCUGGGUCAUGAGGGGAUCUACAGGAAGAACGGAGCCACGUCCAGGAUCAAGCUACUGAUGGAAGAGUUCAGGAAUGAUGCUCGGAACGUCAAGCUCCGGAUCGGGGAUAACUUCAUAGAGGAUGUGACUGACGUGUUGAAGAGGUUCUUCAGGGAGAUAGACGACCCCAUCUUCAUGGCUGACCUGCAUCAGCUAUGGAAGGAGGCUGUCAGAACAGCCAAGGAUAAGAACCAGCGUCUGGACAGAUACAAGGAGAUCAUCCGUAGUUUACCUAAAAUCAACAGGACUACCCUGGCUGCUCUCAUCAGCCACCUCUACAGGGUUCAGAAGUGUGCAGACCUGAACCAGAUGUGUACCAAGAACCUGUCGCUGCUGUUCGCCCCCAGCCUCUUCCAGACAGACGGAAAAGGAGAACACGAGGUGAAGAUCGUUGAAGACCUCAUAGACAACUACCUGUAUGUCUUUGAUAUUGAUGAGGAGCAGCGGACACAGAUAGAACUGGAGCUCAGCCUCAUCACCACCUGGAAGGACACACAGCUGUCUCAAGCAGGUGAUCUGAUCAUAGAAGUGUACCUGGAGAAGAAGAUGGCAGACUGCUGCAUCACUCUCAAGGUAUCUCCAACCAUGGGUGCUGAGGAGUUGACUAACCAGGUCCUGUACAUGAGGAACAUCCCAGCAGGAGAGAAGGACGUGUGGCUGACGUUCGAGACCAUAGAGGAAGGACAACUGGAGCGCCCCCUACACCCCAAAGAGAAGGUGCUGGAGCAGGCGCUACAGUGGUGUAAAAUGGCUGAUCCUAGUUCAGCUUACCUGGUGGUGAAGAGAGUUCCCAAAGGAGAGGGCAUCAACAUCCUCACUGCCUACGAGAGUGAGAUAAUGAAGAUGGGAGUUCUGAAGUGUCGUGAAGAGCCUCCCAAACUCCUCCACGGAAAAGUCUUUCAGGAACACACCUUUCAGAUCAAAGACCACAAGCUGCUCCUGCUGAAGGACAAAAAGAGCGUCAAGCCUGAAAAGGAAUGGCCUCUGAAGUCUAUGAAGAUCUACAUGGGAAUUCGAAAGAAGCUGAAACCCCCAACUCGAUGGGGCUUUACUCUCAUGAUGGAAAAACAGCAACUGUACCUUUGUUGCUUUUGUGAGUCCGACCUAUGGGACUGGGUCACCAAUUUCCUCAAAGCACAGAAUGAUGACCCCCGACCUCCGGUGUUGAGGCGUCACUCCUCCUCAGAUAUCUCCAAACAGAAGUUUGGGACCAUGCCCCUAGUACCAAUCAGAGGGGACGGACACGAGAGCAACUCUACCAUGCUGUCAGCCAAUCAGACUCUGCGAAAGCUUCACGCUAGAAGGACUCUCUCCAUGUUCUUUCCCAUGAAGGUGCAGCAGGACUCGUUCGAGGAGCAUCCAGAGCCAGAGCCCCCAGAGCCCCUGUAUGAGGAAGUAGGAGACUUCGGCCUGCAGGUCCUCAAGUCCCUGGAGACCAGCUUCCUCUCCAACAACACCUCAGAGACACAGGAGGUCCCUGACAAGCCCCUGAGCCUCAUCCUGGGCCCUCGGAAGACAGGCUCCCUGGACCGCAUGAUCGGCCCCAACCCGGUUCACUCUCUGGGGCUGGGAGGAGAGGGUCUGCUGCCCCCUGCUGGUUCUCUGGAUACCCUGGUCCUGGGUGGAGGAGGGGACCUCCAGGAGUUUCCCCAGCCAGCGCCGAGGAGGAGGCAGCAGCACAGGCCCUGUACCCCCUCUCAGGAGCUGCUCCUCCAGGAACUGUCCUCCGUCUUCACUAAGAAGACAGAGAAUGAGUAGAAACUGCCGGGAGAGAAGAACGUCAUCUGAGGAGAAGAAGAGAUGCGUGCACUUGUAUUGUAGACCCAGGCUAGACAGACGGAAGACUGUAACAGCAUGGGAGUACGGACACAACCCAUUUGUUUGGGUGUUGUGUCAAAAAUACAUAAUCAGAUAGGAAUAAGCAUUUACUUGGGUUUUAUCCUACAAACUACUAACUGUUCUUCAAUCACUGGUAUGUACAGAUCCGUUUUAUAUUGAACACUGCUUAAUGGAUUAUAACAUCCUUGCUAAUUUCUUAAGCUAUGACCUAUGGGGGAUACCUUUUUUUGUAGUUUUUUUUCAUAGUUUACUAAACCUCUUGAGUGAGAAGAGAAAUGGAUGCUUCUCUCAUGUCUGGUGGUGAUGCAUUAGGCAUUAAACUGUUUUUGUUUUGUUUUAAACAACUGGAUUUUAAAUAGAAAUGUGUUACUGUCUCUAUGUAUUAAUUUAUUUUCAAGAAUAUUUUAUCAAUUUUGUUGUUUUUUUAUUUUUAUAAAAGCUGUGAAAGUAACAAAAGCAGAGUUUUACUUCAAGACAGCUCCAGAUAUUCCAGAGUGUUGCGACACUGUCUGGCCAGAAGGUGGCAGUAUGGACGAUCUAUCUUCUAUCUAGACAGCCCCAGAUAUUCCAGAGUGUUGAUACACUAUCUGGCCAGAAGGUGGCAGUAUGCCACGCCGUCUUUUAGAUCGUACAAAUGGAAUCUUAGUUUUAUUCACCAUGCACAACCACUGUAUGGUGUGAAUACAGCCAAAUAUAAUGAUUGUUAGUGGCACUACAUUUAAAUAUUCUGAAUUGAUCUUUGCACUACUAAGUCUAUUGCUUUUACAUUAAUAUGCCAUAUUCGAGAUAUCCUCCCUUUUUCAUCAAUCUAAAUAGACAAUAAGAUAUUCCAAUUUGACUGCCUUUGCCAAGUGUCUAUAGUGUGUUAUAAUGCAUUUGCCUGCAUUGUCGUCCAUUCGUUUUAUUCUUACUGUAAAUAUUGUACAUUAUUCUGUGUGCUUAUACCCUUUCAAUAUUCAUUAUGCAGUAUUUCACUUUGUUGUCGCUACAUGAAGGUCCAUAUUAAAUAUGAUAUUUUUAGUUUUA